AUGCCCAGAGAAUCCACAUCCCGAGGGGGCAAGGCAUCAUCGUCAAGCACACGACCAAACGCGACGAAGCCCCGAGCCAACAACACCUCAGACCGCUGGCAAAAGGCCUCAGGCGCCUCAAGGACCGGAGAUGUAGACAUGGACAACGACUCACCGGGCCCCGGUGAAGACGCGAACGAGGUCAAGAGGAUCCCCGACGACCUGCUCACGAGGAUUCUGCACGAUUUCUUCCAACGUGAGGAUACGCGGAUGUCGAAGGCGGCGAAUCACGCUGUUGGGAAGUAUUUUGAGAUUUUUGUGCAGGAGGCCAUUGCUAGGACGGCGCAGGAGAGCGAUGGGCGGUUUUUGGAGGUUGAGGAUUUGGAGAAGAUCGUGCCGCAGUUGUUGAUGGAUGUUUGA